AACCUCCUCAUCCGCCUCCGCGAGAAGCGAGUUCAGCCUCAUAAGAGGGGAGAGACGUUAGAGACAAAACGCGGUUUAUUUACGGUUAUAUACUGUAUUUAUCGGGUUACGGAGACAGGUUGAGAGUUUUUCCGUAUUUAUUUUUUACUUCAAGCCGAGUUUCGAGGUUUUGAGGAAAAAAAAAAUCGAAAUUUUAAUUUUAAAUUCUCUCCCGCGCUCAGCCCAUUUUAAGCGGCAUCGCGGGUUCUGAUCAGGAAACACCGAGAACCUCACAAAAUUGUCACCCAACAUCUCUUUUAACGUGGAAUGAGCUUCCAUUCACCCAUCCUGUCUGUUGCACAAUGGAUGUCCGUUCCGUCUGCCUAAUCGCCCAAACUAAAACACAUUGUGGCAGAACUAGUCUAUUCAGAGGAUAGCAAUAGCCCCCUCACUCCACCCUCUCCCUCAGCAUUACACGUCAGUUUAAACAUCAGUUUAAACCGCAGCAGUGCAGAUUCUCUUGCUGGGGUCUGGAUUGCUUUAAGUCGCUGUUUUAGCCGAGGGUGAAGGUAGGUAGGUUUGGGGCAUAAAAAAGAUUUAGAAACACUAGUACCUCAGUUAUUUAAGCAAUUCUAGUGUGCUGCUUGAAAUAAGGGCUUAACUAGAUUUGGAAGUAGUUCCUGUUAAAAUUGUGAAUUAUAAAUAAUUAUAAUUUAAAACUUGAAAGAAGGAAAAAAAAAUAUUGCACACAAUGGUGUCGACAACUUUGGCUACGGUAACACUGGUGAGCACGCUCGGCCUGGCCACCCAGAUGCCACUAACCGACUACCUGUGGCUACUGGUAGUUGGUUUCGUUAUAGCCUUCAUUCUGGCCUUUUCCGUGGGUGCCAAUGAUGUCGCCAACUCCUUUGGCACUGCGGUGGGCUCUGGCGUGGUCACCCUGAAAGUAGCCUGCAUCCUUGCUACUGUGUUUGAGACGCUGGGCUCUGUGCUGCUUGGAGCCAAGGUCAGUGAGACGAUACGUAAAGGAAUCAUCGACGUGAACAUGUACAAUGGCUCGGAGCACGUUCUGAUGGCUGGCUCAGUUAGCGCCAUGGUUGGCUCUGCUGUGUGGCAGUUACUGGCUUCUUUCCUGAAACUGCCCAUUUCUGGGACGCACUGCAUUGUGGGAGCCACCAUUGGCUAUUCAUUGGUGGCAAAAGGUCAACAAGGAGUCAGAUGGUUGGAGCUUCUCCGAAUUGUUGCCUCUUGGUUCCUUUCCCCCCUUCUCUCUGGCCUGAUGUCUGCCGUUCUGUUCUACUUUGUCCGCAUGUUUAUCUUGCAGAAGAAGGAUCCAGUGCCCAAUGGCCUGAGAGCCUUGCCUGUUUUCUAUGCCGUUACCAUGGGAAUCAACCUGUUCUCCAUCAUGUUUACUGGCGCGCCGAUGCUGGGAUUUGAUAAAGUACCCUGGUGGGGAGUCCUGCUUAUCUCCAUCGGAUGCGCUGUCAUCACUGGCAUCAUCGUCUGGUUUGCUGUUUGCCCCUGCCUCAAGAAAAAGAUUGAACGUGAGAUCAAGUCUUCCAGCCCCUCAGAGAGCCCCCUGAUGGAGAAGAGGGAGGUGGUGGAAGCACAUUGUCCAAUUCUCAAAACAGUUCCUGAGGAACCCAUGUCCACACCAGCCUCAAAUAACCCCCAGCCAGCGCCGCCUCCUGAGGAGCGCAGGGUCACCUUUGACAUUGGUGAUUUAGACGAUGCUGAAACAAAAGAGACAGAGACGAGCAACGGUAAUGCUCUGAAGGCUGCUCAUGUUCAGUUCAACACCGGCCCAACGCAUGUGCCCAGCAAUGGCUACAGCCAGUACCAUACAGUCCAUAAAGAUUCUGGCCUUUACAAAGACCUGCUCCACAAACUGCACCUGGCCAAGGUCGGUGACUGCAUGGGUGAGGGUGGAGACCGACCCAUCCGCCGAAAUAACAGCUACACCUCCUACACUAUGGCCAUCAUCGGCCUGCACGGCGAGAUCAAACCCCGCGACUCCGACUUCCGGGCCUCUGAGGAUGGAGACAAGGACAAGGCAGGUGUGCAGGAGAGGAAGAGGAUCCGCAUGGACAGCUACACAAGCUACUGCAAUGCUGUGGCUGAGCACGGCACCCCCGAUGGCCUUGGAGACGGAGAGGUAACUCUGGAGAUGGGAGAGGAGGACCGGGAGAGCAGCCGAAGCUCGUUGGAAGAGGACAGAGCCGAGGCAGAUAAGCCAGAAGUUUCCAUUCUCUUCCAGUUCCUGCAGAUCCUCACUGCUUGCUUUGGCUCCUUCGCUCAUGGCGGAAACGACGUCAGUAAUGCUAUUGGUCCACUGGUGGCGCUGUGGCUGGUCUAUCAGAGUGGGUCUGUGGAGUCUAAUGCUCCGACUCCUAUCUGGCUGCUGCUGUAUGGUGGAGUGGGCAUCUGCACUGGACUUUGGGUGUGGGGCCGUAGAGUCAUCCAGACCAUGGGCAAGGACCUGACCCCCAUCACCCCCUCCAGUGGGUUCAGCAUUGAGUUGGCCUCUGCAGUCACCGUGGUAGUUGCCUCCAACAUCGGUCUUCCUGUCUCCACCACCCACUGCAAGGUGGGUUCUGUAGUAGCUGUUGGUUGGAUGCGCUCCCGGAAGGCCGUGGACUGGCGUUUGUUCAGGAACAUCUUCAUGGCCUGGUUUGUGACGGUGCCCAUCUCUGGCCUCAUCAGCGCUGCCAUCAUGGCUCUCUUCACUUACGUCAUCUUCGGGUGAAUCCUCUAGAGCUCGGAGCCUGCUUGCACCCUCUGCCAUCUGUAGCUAAGAAACGCAAGUGAGGUCAAUGUUAGGUGCUGUAGUGCCCUCUUUUGCUGCCUCGCUACGUUUGUUUUAUUUUUUUCAAGCCCCUGUCUGUAAUAGGGACAAUGUAAAAAUUAUAUAUAUAUAAAAAGCUAGAGCCUGUGAUUCUUGGCUUGCCGCAUAUUGCAGACUGCGUUGACAAUUCUUGUGUGCAUUCAGUGUGUCUGCACCAGGUCACAUGCCUUUGGGAACAGGUUUCUUUUCUUCACUUUCUUUACUGACUAGAUGAAUUGUUGCCAUCUAAGCAUACUCACCUCUUUGUAAAUAGAUACGCAAAAGGAAGAAAAAACAUUUUUCUUUUUUAAUUAUGUAAUUAUGUACAUAUAACUAUUCCAGGUUUUUUUAGGUGACAAAAAGAACAAUUACAGUGCAGUAUUAGCCGCCUUCUGAGAUGUUUCUACACUCUAUCCAUUACAUACCAUUCACUGAGUACUUGGUUGCAAACGAGGUUGCCGGUAUCUUUUUUUUUGUUGUUUUCUCUAUACCUUGAAAUGACAAUGUUAAAUGGUGUAAGAAAUGUUAGGGUUUUUAUGUUCAGUUGUAAAAGUGAAUGUGCUGGUCUUGUCCUUCCCUCACACAGUUCACUAGACUUGCGGCAAAGCUUGUGGCGGCCACAAACGGAGCCUUAUGACAGAUCUUGUGAGGUCCAGUUUUCAGGAAAUUAGUUGUUCGCAAAGCCCUUCUUGAUAGUGUUGAAGUGUUCCUCUGAGUGAGCUUGUACACAACACACACACACACACACACACACACACACACACACACUUUGUUCAUGAACACUACAAAAAGGCCAGUUUACUGUUCUUUAGCCAGUUUUAAUAGUUCAUCCAUGGUGUCUGGGACCUUUUUACCUUUCACCACUCGUUCUCUUCUUUUCCUCAGUGUGGUUGAAGUCAUCAUUCCAGUGUCUGUUUCUUUAUUAUUGCAUACAGAGAGACCAGUUUUGAGUAAUUACGAUGCAUUUGGCCGCACUUAAUGAAAUGGCCCCCAAAUGUUUGCAGUAGGUAAUUGAUCAGCAUAUGGCGGAUUAUGUACCACUGCUGUUGAAUACUGAUUAAUUGUAAAUAGGACAAGCUCACUUGUCCAGACUGCAACUGCCCUUCAUAAAUAGUUUUUUUUUUUGGUUUGGGGGCAGGUAUGCUUACAUUUUUCUCAAACUUUUUUGGCCAAAUGAGUAAUUAUCCAAGGGAACCUCUCAUUCACAUUAGUAUAGGCCUCAGCAGAGGUUUCAGUUAAAGGAGCGGACCACCCAGAGCUGCUGAAUGAAUUGUGGACCAGUUACUUUCAUUCAUUAAUAGCACUUUUGGGUGAUGCAGGUUGCUGUAACAGCUUGAACAACUAACAGAUGCAACUUUUUAAAAUUUAUUGCGACCCUUCAAGAUUUAUUCAAACGACUAAUUCCUUUUUGGGAAUGCUUGCAUUACUGUUUUUGCUGUGGCGGUUGCCGUGACUACAGGAACAGUACCGAAACACUCACUUAAGUUGACCUUGAGGAAUUGAAGGGCACGAAGCUUUAUAAUGCUGGAAAUGAGACCUUAAGAUUUAAACUUUUUGUUCUCCUGUAAAACUUGAGCGCACUCAGUCAGCCGGUGCAGCGUAUCAUGCUUCGCUCCAGCUUGCUAAACCCUGACGUUCCUUCUGCUCGCUGUAGAUCAGUGUUUUUAACAUCUACAGGUCUGUAGUUCCACCUGCAGUGCACAGGUUUUGUUUCUAACGCAAGUCAGUCUGCAUUUACAAACCAGGAGUGCUGAUCUAGAAUCGGUUUUUGUGACUGUCAUAAGUGUAGAGGAGUCUGAUCCGGGACCAGUCUUGUCUUUAUCUUGGAAGGGGAAUUCCACAAGUUUUUCAAAAUUUAUGCAUAAUUAAAUGGUUAUGAUGUGAACAACCAUUCAGAGUGGUUUGGUGUGAAACGCUCUGUUCUAGAGACACUUGAAUCAGUUGUUCACAGUGGUGGUGAUAGGAAUCUGACGUCCACAGUUUAUCGAGCUACAAAGCUAUUAUACAUAAUUAAGGGUGCAUGGCCAAUCCCCAUAUUUAGUGUUUUUCAAGUACAGAGAAGUGCAACACCUUAUUUGUAGAGCAUUACAAAGGAAUUAAAAUGAAUAAAAUGCAUAUUAUACCAAGUUUGCCUUUCAAUUUGAAAAAUAUCAGCAAAAUCUAAACAUCUCUCGUAUUAUUUCAAAAAUUAAGCAAAUAUCUGCCUGUUUUGAUACCUCCAUUCUAAUCUCAUUGUGCUUCCCUACACAAGUAAUUAUAAAUACUUUUAAGACAUUGUUUUUGCAAUAAUUUUGACUUCAAAGUUUUCGGCCUGAAACAUAUUUUGUAAAGUCCAUUUAUGACACUAAGGGCAACAUCUCAUCAGUCCACUUUGUUUACAUCUUUGUGACUUGACUUAUUCAGAAAUUCACUUUUAAGCCCCAGAAGGACUUAAUAAUGUAAAGAUUGCAGAAAAGUGAACCGGUGCAUUGCAGGUGGACUGCAGGACUGCAGGUGGUCAGCACUGUUGUAGGGUGAAUGCAUCUACACGUGCAGCAUAAUGUAUUUAAGUGCACAUAGGGUCACAAGUGCUAGCACCUCCAGCAAAGUGAAUGAUUUGGUUAGAUAGGAGAGAGACCGCUUUUUUGAGUGUUACACCGAAUGUGCUAAUAUUUUAGCAACAAAUGAAAGCUAAUAACUACCAGUUAGCUGUUAGCAUUAUGCUAAUUGGUUAGGCAUUGGCUUUCAUUUAUUGUUGGCAGUGUUGGCAAUUAUUUGGUACUCUCUUGUUGAGUAGUGGUGGUGUCACUCUGUUCCUGAAACUGGACAGUAGCUUCAUUGUUUAUCAGUACCCCCUGCUGGACUGCUGGGGGUCUUGCAGUUGCUGCUGUGUAACCACCGUUAAGAGAGUGGCAACUUGGCUGCCGCACUUGAAGCAUCUAGACCUUUAGAGUUGCUGUAGUUGCCUUAACUUUUUGUUUUUGAUUGUGUGUGUUUUAGGAACCAAAGAAAACAAAUGAUUGGUGUGUAUAUUCUAAGCAUAUACUCUUUUGUCCCAGCUGGACAAAGAGUGGAAAAAGGAAAAAAAAUAAAUAAAUACAUGCUUUUUGGGGAAA